AUUCAGAUAUCGGAGGCGCUCAGCAGACGAUGUUCCAGAUCGUCAUGGAAUAUUGUGACGGGGGCCCACUUAGCCAGUAUGUCGCCAAGAAUGAAAUGCCAGCCGUUUUGAUACAAAAGUGGUCUCAACAAUUGCUCGACGUUUUGGUGUAUCUCCAUGAGAGACGAUUCAUCCACCGCAAUAUUAACGGCGCCAAUAUCAUCCUUAGUAGUCCGGAUGCGAACAGCUGUAACCUGAAAUUGACUGAUCUUGGAGAUGUGAAACGCAUCGUAUCGGAAGUUACCCAGGCAAAUGAGGUGCCAAACGAGAAGGGCACGCACCAGUUCAUGUCGCCGGAAAUGGUGAUGAACCACAGAGGAAAUGUUGGACGUUGCACCGACAUUUGGAGUUUGGGUUGCGUGGUCAUCCAAAUGGUUACCGGCAGGGCGCCGCGAUUUUUCCGAGGGAAGACGGAACUCCUUGAAAAUCAGUGUAUAAUGUUUUUCAUUGCCUCUGGAGAACCGCCGGCUCUGCCAAGCGGCCUGCCAGACUUAAUGCAACGGUUUAUCGAGCGCUGUCUUAUUAGCAAGGUCGAAGAUAGGCCAUAUGCUGCGACCUUGGCGAUGGACCCCUUCCUGAAGUCUAGCGAUACCACAGACUGGAAUAUGCCGAAUAGGAAAGACCACUGGAAAGUGUAUGAGCAGCCCUAA